CCAGUCUGGAUACAAAGAAAUGUAGUCCUGCUUUGCAGUGUUUUUGAGCUCUGUAAUUUAAAAAGUACCCAUAUGCGUUUAGCUCACUUUGGAAAGUAGGCUAUUUCUAUAAAACUAUCGAAAAAGCAUUCAGAAAUAUGCUCUGGUCAAGCUCAGACAGGUUUAUGGAGAUGCUGAUUUCAUUUUGCAGUAGGACUUCAGCGCCUGGCCACAGGGCCAAAACCACUUCCAUAUGGCUUGUGGACCAUGAUAUUACUGUGCUUGAUUGACCAGCCAACUCACCUGACCUGAUCCUCACAGAGACUCUAUGGGGUAUUGUGAAGAGGAAGAUAAUUAACAUCUGAUAAACAUUACAGAGGAGCUGAAGGCUGCUUUCGAAGCAACCUGGGCUUCAGUAAGGCCUCAGCAGUGCCACAGACUGAUCGCCUCCCAUGCUGCAUUGAAGCAGUAAUUCAUGCCAAAGGAGCUCCAAACAUUAUUUUCCAAGUAGCGUGUCAACAGUAGAGUUCACUGAGUUUGACUGAAGCCACAAAAUUUGAUUUUGGCUAUUCAUUUCUUGGUGUGUGAACUGCAAACUUUCCACAGAACUGUCACAACUUCAUCCUUGAUGACUAGUUAAACAUUAAGAGCUGUGACAGAUAUGAAAACCCUGCUGCUUCUGAUCAUGAUCCAUGAAGUGGAUAUCAAAGUUGAGACAAAAAAUAAUCACACAAGAUUAGAGACCAGCACCCUGCUACCUUUACAGAAUCCAGCAUGUCAGUUUACAAAUAACUUUUGUUGCAAAGAAACGGACAAUGUCAGAGUUAUUUGCCCCUCAGAGAAUCAGAAAGAUUCAUUACCACCAAACUUUCCAAGUAUUACCAAUGAUUUCCCUGAAACUCUAGGAAAUGAAACGGCUCUGAAUAUCAUCAACAGAUUGGAGAAAGAAGCCAUACACAACAUUAUGGAAAAGACAAAUUAUUCCACUGACUACAAUUUUGGGGGUCUAAAUUUGACUGUGGUUGUGAUGAACUUAACAAAUAUUCUUGUUCCAGUCACCGUUCCAAAAGUGUCUAAUACAGCUCCAACAAAACAGAUAUUAAACCCAGUGGAGGCUUACCGUUUUUAUUAUUUCAAGCUGCAGUUUCAUGUGUCUGAUCAAUCUCCAUCAGUACAAACAUUGAUCCCAGUGGAAGCUUUCCAAAAUAUCUCUGAGGCCGUGCAGAAAGUUGGAAUAGUCAUUUACAAUUCCAUUCAGCAGUUUAAUACAAAAAAUCAUUCUAUCAUGUCCAAAGUCAUACGGGUUGAAGUUAUUGGACGUGACAUUGUGAAUUUGACCAAUCCACUUAUAAUACAUUUUCCAGUCAAUAACUACACAAACCACUCAACCAAAAGCUACAAAUAUUCCUGUCAAUACUAUGAUGAACACGGAAGUAACACCUGGAAGACGGAUGGCUGUAACACCACUCAGAUCAGUGUAGAUGUUGUUGAGUGCUCCUGUGACCAUAUGACUGCUUUCGCUGUUCUUCUGGUUGAGGUGAAUAACAUUGAUGGACAGCAUUGGGAAAUCUUGUCGUACAUCAGCUAUGUAGGCUGCGGUCUGUCUGCGUUCUUUUCUGCCUGUACUGUCUUGUUGUUUAUUUUCAGCAGUAACGCGAGGGCAGAAGUGUCCAACAGCAUCCACGUGUCUCUGAGUGCUGCUCUGUUUCUCCUCAACCUGAGCUUCAUGUUCAGCGAAUGGGCCGCCACACUGACAGUGAAUGAAGUGUGUGUGUUUAUUGCUGUGAUGAUACACUACAGCCUGCUGUGCUCUUUCACCUGGAUGGCUAUCGAAGCCAUGCACCUCUACCUUCUUCUCAUCAGAGUGUUCAACAUUCACAUCAGACACUACAUGGUCAAGUUGUCCCUGAUCGGAUGGGGAGUCCCUGCUGUUAUUGCUGGAGGCUUGCUGUCAGCUAGUAACAUUUAUGGGAUGCAGGAAACGGCAUUAUCUGAUACGAAUACAAGAAAUCAAUUUUGCUGGAUCAAAGAACGUGCCGUCCUGUAUGGCGUGAAUAUUUCCUACUUCUCCAUCAUAUUCAUGUUCAACUUAGGAAUCCUAGUCACGGUGUCCAGACAGAUCUUUAAGCUACGACGUGUGGGCAGAAGGCAUAACAAGAUGCCAAUUUGGAAGGAUACUGGGACAGUGCUGGGCCUCAUGUGUCUGCAGGGUACAACAUGGGGUUUGAUCUUCUUCAGCUCUGGAUAUAUCAACUACCCAAUACUCUACCUAUUCUGCAUCUUAAACUCAAUGCAAGGGUUUUACAUCUUUGUGUGGAUGUGUGCUUCAGCGAGGAAAAACAGAGCACAAGCACCUAAUUCCAAGUCUAAAUCCACUCAGGACACCUCCAAAUAAGCUCUUCCCGUGCGGUUUUCUUACUAAAACUUUUAAAAACAACACCAACCACAACAUGCAACCAAAAAAAAAAAAACAUUCAAGAAUUCAGGUCAUCAUGGGCUGUUUGGUUAAAAUGUUAUUGUAUUGUUUUUGCCAGAGGACUUCCUUUACAUCUAAUAACAGUACAUGAAAAAAAAAAGAGUUUCCUGUUUGUGGCUGUACACAUGAUAAAACCUUAAUCUAUGAUCUAACAUAUUUAAUCUGAAAACUUUUUUUUUAUUAAUUAAUAAUCAUAUAUUAAAAAUUGUGAUUUGUAAAUAAAAAUGGUAAAUGCUAUUAAAAGAGUUU